UGAUACAUGUUAAGUAAACUUGAUCGAAUUUUUACCAUAAAUACGCAGUGAUUCUAUCAACAAGUCAUCAGUUAGUGGAGUUGUGUUGUUCUAUGUAAAACACAUUUUGCAGUGUGAAGAUUAGCAGAAAGAAUGAUCAAGUUCGUCGUUAUAACCUUUGCCCUAGUGGGUGCAGCUUUGGCCUACGAGCACUACGGAUUCAUCAACGAGGUUAAACACAUCCCAUACAAGUGGUACGGCGGCGGUGGCGGCGAAGGUGGCAUCGGCGGCGGAUUUGGCGGUGAAAUUGGUGGUGGAUUUGGCGGCGGUUUUGGUGGCAGCAGCAGUGGUGGUGGAAUCGGAGGAGGCGAGGAAUACUACUCGUACCCGAAAUAUAAGUACGAGUACGGAGUGAAGGACUACCACACCGGUGAUCACAAGAGCCAAUGGGAGGUGCGUGACGGAGAUGUCGUCAAGGGUGAGUACACACUCGACGAAGCCGACGGAACCAAGCGUAUUGUCGAAUACUACGCCGAUAGCAAGAACGGAUUCGAAGCCAAGGUCAAGAACAUUGGACAUGCCAGCGGCGGUGGACAGGGCGGACAGGAAGGUGGUUUCGGUGGUGGAAUCGGUGGAGGCUUCGGAUACAGCUACAGUAAAUUGAAGAAGUACAACUAAAAUUACAUUAGCAAGACUGAACCGACUUAUGCCAAGUUAUGUAGCCUAGUAUUAUGCAAUUAAAGUUUCAAGCAAAUGAUCACUUUCG